CGUUGGAUCACAAGAGAUCAAACGGUCUCCGUUCGAAACAGAAAAAUGUGACCGUUGUGGUGAGGCGUCGCUUCCAAGAUUAAAAGGAGGACCUAGGCUCCUUCGUCACAUUCUCAAUUGCACAAAAACAAAUGAAAUAGAAACAAAGGAGGAGAGGAAUUCCAGAGCACUUUUUCCUCAAGAGAUUCCCGGUUGUUCGAUCGAAGUGGCGACCGAGGAUACGGAAGGAGAGACACUCAACGGUCGUCUCCAGGUGUUCUUGUCGUCUUUGUUUGCGAGUCUUGGAGGGGUUUUCGGUCAUAACCUAGAAGAGGAGGAGGAAGAAGAAGAAGAAGAAGCAGAGUCUGAUAUGGCUUCGAGAGCUGCUGCUGUUCCAAAGCAACCCAGAGGAGGACUUGAGCACAAGAAUGGACAAGCAGAAGGAAGACCCCGGCGUGUACUCCGAGAUAUCGGAAACCUUGCUACAACUGUUCACCCUGUAGAAGGAAAGCCUCAAAACCAUAUCUCUCGCCCUAUUACAAGGAAUUUUGUUGCACAACUACAGGCUAAUAAUCCACAGGCAUUAGAAAAGAAGAACAAGAAACCACUUGCAGAAGUCAUUAAUGGCGGCGCUGCUGGUGGUGUUAGCAAAGUGGUGGCAAGGAAAGCAGCUGCUCAGAAGAAAGCACAUGAUCAACAGCAAAAACCCAAGAAGGUUAUUGUCAUAAGCCCUGAUGAGGAACUGAAAUCUGAAGAGGAGAAGCCUAUUGUUAGUGCAAGAAAAUCUGGAAAAGGAUCGUCUAGGAAAACCCUGACUUCGAUUCUCACUGCACGAAGCAAGGCUGCUUGUGGACUGACCAUAAAACCGAAGAAUCCAAUAGCGGAGAUUGAUUUGGGAGAUGUGGAUAACGAAUUGGCAGUCGUGGAGUAUGUCGAGGACAUGUACAAGUACUACAAGCAAGCAGAGGAUGAGAGCCGAGUUCAUGACUACAUUGAUACGCAACCUGAAAUUAAUUCAAAGAUGAGAUCAAUUCUGAUUGACUGGUUGACAGAUGUUCAUAGGAAGUUUGAGCUGAUGCCCGAGUCACUCUACCUUACCAUUAACAUAGUGGACCGGUACCUCUCAAUGAAGACUGUCCCGAGGCGGGAACUUCAGUUGGUUGGCAUUAGCUCAAUGCUAAUUGCUUGCAAGUAUGAAGAAAUUUGGGCACCAGAGGUUAAUGACUUCAUUAAAAUAUCAGACAAUGCUUAUGAUAGAGGGGACAUUCUUCUUAUGGAGAAGGCUAUAUUGGGAAGGCUGGAAUGGUACUUGACAGUUCCUACGCCAUAUGUCUUCCUAGUUCGAUAUAUCAAAGCUUCUGUUCCCUUCGAUCCAGAGAUGGAGAAUAUGGUGUUUUUUCUUGCUGAACUUGGUAUGGUGCACUAUUCCACCAUCAUACUGUACUGCCCUUCAAUGAUUGCCGCUUCGGCUGUUUAUGCUUCACGAUGCAUCCUCAACAAACACCCCUUUUGGACCGAAACUCUGAAGCAGCACACCGGCUACUCUGAAAAUCAAUUGGGGGAAUGUGUGAAGCUGUUGGUUGGCUUCCAGACAGAGGCUGCAGAGACUAAGUUGAGGGCAGUAUACCGGAAAUUUUCAAGUCCAGACAGGGGUUCUGUUGCUCUUUUCCCCCCAGCUAAAAGUCUUUUAGCUGCUGCUGUUUUGUCUUGAACAAGUCUCCGGCCCCUUGUACUUCAAUGGUGGCAUCUUUAGUAGUUCUAGUUGCAUUUGAGAUCAUUACAUGCUGUUAUGAUCUCUCUCUGUCUCCCUAUACAUGGCUUCUUCUUUUUUUUGUUAAUCUUUUGAACAGGAAUUCAUUAUUACUCUUAUGAAUGUUUUGUGAGACCUGUUUUAGGUAUGACAUUCCUAUGAAUGUUAAUGAAAUUUGAUAUGGCGGCGUUGUCUGUUUA